UGGUUAAAAUUUUGGUUUACCAGGAUUUUUAUUGCUUUGUAAAAAGGAUGUACAAUAUCGCUUUCUUAGUCCCAUUAACGUUCUUGAAACUUUUUCAUUCUUCUAUAAAUCUUUGUUUUGAGAGGAUAAUCCUGUUGCUUAUUAAGAAUGUUAGCUGCUCAACUCAACUUUUUCCCACAUCCUUAAGAUAACUGAUUACAGUCAAUUUUAUGUAAUUUGAUCAGAAAUCAAAUAGUUCAUUUCAUAAUCAUAUAUGAGUCGAGAUUAGCAAACUCAAGAAAAUAUAUUCUUUAAUUAUUAUUGUACGUACUAAUUUCGGAUUGUUUAAUUAACUUAAAACUUUUCUAUUCAUAGAUACAAUCAUUAAAAUAUUUUCUUCAAUUCUCUACGAACAAAAAUUAAUCUUUAUAAGUAAUGAGCUAGGUUCAUUAACACGUUUAAUUAAUACAUUUAUUUGUCUUCUGUAUCCAUUUGCAUGGCCACAUACAUAUAUACCUAUAUUACCAGCAUUAAUGCUUGAUAUAAUUCAAGCUCCAACACCAUAUAUAAUCGGUAUAUUACGUUCAUGUGAACAUUAUCUAUCUCGAAAUGAUGAAUUUUUAUCACAAGAUAAUUCUGAUAUAUUUAUUGUUGAUAUUGAUCAUGAUCGUAUACGUUCAUUAAAUGAUUAUUUAUUAAAUGAAUCUUAUCGUAGUACAAUUGAUAAUUUAAAUAAUAAUAAUAAUAAUAGUGUUUUACAAUUUCAAAUACUUCCAAAAAUAUUUAAAAUAAAAUUAAAAAAAGAAAUAUCAUUAUUAAGAAAAAAUAAAUUAAAUUUAUCUAUUGAUGAAUGUCAACAACGUUUGCAAAAUGUUUUUAUGUCUAUAUUUGUAGAAUCAUGUUAUAAUUAUAAAGAUUAUUUAAAACAAACAUUUAAUAUUGAUCAUUUUGUUCAAUCUAAACAACAUACAAUGGAAUUAUUUUUAGAAUGGUUUACACGUACACAAAUAUUUGAAUUAUUUAUAAGAAAAAAAAUUGAUUUAAAUAUACAAAAUUCAUUUGCUAUAACAUUUGAUUUAGCUUGUGAAAAAUAUCAUCGAACAUUAAAAAAACCAACAUCACAACGUAUGACAGUUAAAUCAGUUAAACGAAAAGCAGCCAUAAGAGCAAAUAAACAAGAUAAUCGUUUAUAA